AUGAUGAAUGACGCUUUUGUUUGGAUAUGGAUUUUGCAUUGUCUUUUAAUGGCACACGUUGUUGUCGGAUUAGGUCCAGAUUGUCAAUGUAUAGUAUUUUCAAGUACUUUUGGAAAAGAUUUUGGUCGAUUUCAUAGUCCAGACUUUCCAUUGGCGUACACUGGAAUGACAACAUGCUUGCUGUAUACUUUCAUCGCCCAACCGCAUGAGAUAAUUGAGCUGACUCUCAGCGAAUUUCAUAUGCCCAAAAUUGGCAGCGAAUGUUCGCGCGGUGCUCAUGUCAAACUGUUCCCGCAUUUGGAGCAGGCAGAAAUUGGCGAACGAACAUCGUGGGAGCGAAUGGUGUGUGGUGGGCGAUCAGAGGCACCGCGCACAAUAUACAGUUCUAGUUCUUCCUUGGCAUUAUCGCUUCAUGUACCAGAUUAUAAUCUACCCGAAGGAGCUGGUUUCCGUGGAACAUUUCGGUUCUUAGAUAAAAGGUUAUUUAGAACUGAUGGGCAAAAAUUAGCUGGGACUGAAUGCGAUCACCAAUUUUUGUCCGGAGAUCUUAGUCCUUCGAGUGGUCAUUUCCAUAGCCCACGAUAUCCGGCCACGUAUCCAGGAAAAGUGAGCUGUUCAUAUCGUUUUCGAGCCAGGCCAUCUGAGCGCAUAAAAAUCGUUUUCGAAGAAUUUUCUAUGCAGAAAGGAGAUUUAAGUUGCGCCGACAGUGAUGAUGUAAUCACCGUGCACGAUGGCGGAACUCGUAAUGCACCUGUAAUUCGCGCUUUAUGCAAUGAAGGCGCAGAAGUAGAGGUGUUGUCUACAGGCCGUGAACUACUAGUUCAUUUUUUUGCGAAAUCAAAUAUACCAGGACAUGGUUUCAAAGCAACGUUUCAAUUUCAAGGAUUACAUGAAAUUGAUUCUAAUCACAUAUUGGAGCAUGCAGCCGGAAUCUUCAAUGCAGCUUUGAAUAAUGUUCACACAGGAUCAUCAGAUUGUGAUUCAUUUUUUAAUAGCGAUGUUGCAAAAGAAGGGAUUUUUACAUCACCAUUAUAUCCAUCGUCUUAUCCAGCAAAGACACACUGCAAGUUUCAUUUUCAGGGACGUGGUAAAGAAAGAGUUCAAAUUGUAUUCACACACUUUGAUCUUCCUGGUGUAAGCGUUGACACGAAAGAGUGCGACAAUAGCGACCGUAUCGAUAUAUAUGUGCCGAUUGAAGGUCGAAUGGAGAAAACCGAAUCUCUAUGCACUCUGGGUCCGGAUCGCUUGCCCGGCCCCGUCAUGUCGAACGGUGCUCGCAUGCUGCUAGAAUUCAAUGGUGAUGGCGACGUAGAAGGUCCACCGCGUUCCUUUAAAGCAGUAUAUAGAUUUACAGAAGAUUUUGGCAUAACUAGUGGAAGACAAGUAGCGGAACAACCAUGCGCAUUUUCUUUUGAAUCCAGUUCUCGGAUGUCAGGAAUUUUCACAUCCCCAAAUUUUCCGGGUUCGUAUCCUCGUGAUACAGAAUGCCGCUAUUACUUUCGCGGCGCUCCAGGUUUGCGAGUUCGUCUUCACUUCACAUAUUUUGAUGUAGAAGGUGUAUUACCGUGUGAGGCUGUCAGCGCAAGUGAUUAUGUCGAGUUCUCAAACUAUAUGACUCACGACCCUAAACAUCGGAGACACUGCGGCCAAGUUGAAGAAUUCACUAUAGAUUCGGAAGAUAAUUUCUUUCGGGUCAGUUUUCGCUCAAAUGAUCGUUUAGAUGGAACCGGCUUCGAGGCCUCGUACAUGUUUUACAGCGAAGAUUACGGGGAAAUUCAGCAUCUAGAGGAGGAAGAUUCAGAUGAUCUGGAGUCCAACGUGGUCACAGCAAGAGGGCCAAGUUCUGUCGCAAACAAAUAUAAUACGAGUGCAGUGAUUGUGUGUUUAUCCGCACUUUUGAAAUAUCUGAUGUGAAUAGAAUACACAUAUCUACGAAUCAAGAGAAUAUAAUAAGAUUAGAAAACAAAGUUAUCAUGAAAUCCC